UUCAAGUACACGCAGAUCCAGACGCGUGCUGCAGGCGUACCAAGCGCGCGGCAAGAAGGUGCUCAUUGUGCUUCACAAGCGCCGCACGAAAGACCGCGAGGUGCCCGAAGAGCUGCGACCGAUGGUCCAGAGCUGGAAGGACGAUGGCGUCAUGUUCAACUGCCGCCCGGGCAACAACGACGACUGGUACUGGCUCUACGCGGCCGUCAAGCUCGGCGGCCGCACGCUCGUGGUCUCGAACGACGAGAUGCGCGACCACCACUUUUCGAUGAUUGCCAACGUGGAUUUCCAGCGCUGGAAGGAGCGCCACUUGGUGCAUUACGACAAAGUCAGCGGGAAAUUCUCCUUUGACGAACCCAGCGUCUACUCGAAGCGGUCGCAGGCGCUUGCGCACUCGUGGCAUUUCCCGACGCCCAACAAGGACGCGUGGCUCGUCGCGCACAAGCCGGCGCAUUAAAAACAACCAACUGGACCUGCGUUGUAUUUCAUGCCAGCCGUGC